AUGCCCUACACCUGCCUCAUAUCUCCUUUUCUUGUCCUGUCAUAUUCUUAUCGCCUUCCCACCCGGCUGCAACCUCUCCGUCUUAUCCCUCCAUCCCAAUUUCCCUGUCCGCACUCAUCCGUCUUGUCUUCAUUGCCCCUAACCCGGUCUUUUGUCUCCCCCAGUCAGAUCUACUGUAUCGAGAACGCCCAUGGACAGCUGGUUCGUGACCUGGACUUCAAUCCCAAUCGUCAGUAUUAUCUGGCCAGCUGUGGCGACGACUGCAAGGUCAAGUUCUGGGACGUUCGUAACGUCCAGGAGCCGGUCAAGACCCUGGAGGAGCACUCCCACUGGGUUUGGAGCGUCCGCUACAACCACAGCCAUGACCAGUUGGUGUUGACGGCCAGCAGUGACAGCCGGCUCAUCCUUUCCAAUAUGGUGUCAAUCUCCUCCGAGCCGUUCGGACACCUGGUGGAUGACGAGGAGCUCAGUGAGGGAGAGGAGAACCAUCAAGAAGACAACCCUGUUCUCCCUCUCGGCCCUGUUCUCCCUCUCUCCCUCUCAGCCCUGUUCUCCCUCUCGGCCCUGUUCUCCCUCUCUCCCUCUCAGCCCUGUUCUCCCUCUCUCCCUCUCAGCCCUGUUCUCCCUCUCUCCCUCUCGGCCCUGUUCUCCCUCUCAGCCCUGUUCUCCCUCUCUCCCUCUCGGCCCUGUUCUCCCUCUCUCCCUCUCGGCCCUGUUCUCCCUCUCUCCCUCUCAGCCCUGUUCUCCCUCUCGGCCCUGUUCUCCCUCUCUCCCUCUCGGCCCUGUUCUCCCUCUCGGCCCUGUUCUCCCUCUCUCCCUCUCAGCCCUGUUCUCCCUCUCUCCCUCUCAGCCCUGUUCUCCCUCUCGACCCUGUUCUCCCUCUCGGCCCUGUUCUCCCUCUCUCCCUCUCAGCCCUGUUCUCCCUCUCUCCCUCUCAGCCCUGUUCUCCCUCUCGGCCCUGUUCUCCCUCUCGGCCCUGUUCUCCCUCUCGGCCCUGUUCUCCCUCUCUCCCUCUCAGCCCUGUUCUCCCUCUCAGCCCUGUUCUCCCUCUCUUCCUCUCGGCCCUGUUCUCCCUCUCGACCCUGUUCUCCCUCUCAGCCCUGUUCUCCCUCUCGGCCCUGUUCUCCCUCUCGACCCUGUUCUCCCUCUCAGCCCUGUUCUCCCUCUCUCCCUCUCGGCCCUGUUCUCCCUCUCUCCCUCUCAGCCCUGUUCUCCCUCUCGGCCCUGUUCUCCCUCUCUCCCUCUCAGCCCUGUUCUCCCUCUCUCCCUCUCAGCCCUGUUCUCCCUCUCUCCCUCUCGGCCCUGUUCUCCCUCUCUCCCUCUCAGCCCUGUUCUCCCUCUCGGCCCUGUUCUCCCUCUCUCCCUCUCAGCCCUGUUCUCCCUCUCUCCCUCUCAGCCCUGUUCUCCCUCUCUCCCUCUCAGCCCUGUUCUCCCUCUCGGCCCUGUUCUCCCUCUCGACCCUGUUCUCCCUCUCGGCCCUGUUCUCCCUCUCUCCCUCUCGGCCCUGUUCUCCCUCUCUCCCUCUCAGCCCUGUUCUCCCUCUCGGCCCUGUUCUCCCUCUCUCCCUCUCAGCCCUGUUCUCCCUCUCUCCCUCUCAGCCCUGUUCUCCCUCUCUCCCUCUCGGCCCUGUUCUCCCUCUCUCCCUCUCGGCCCUGUUCUCCCUCUCUCCCUCUCGGCCCUGUUCUCCCUCUCUCCCUCUCAGCCCUGUUCUCCCUCUCGGCCCUGUUCUCCCUCUCUCCCUCUCAGCCCUGUUCUCCCUCUCUCCCUCUCAGCCCUGUUCUCCCUCUCGACCCUGUUCUCCCUCUCGGCCCUGUUCUCCCUCUCUCCCUCUCAGCCCUGUUCUCCCUCUCAGCCCUGUUCUCCCUCUCGGCCCUGUUCUCCCUCUCGGCCCUGUUCUCCCUCUCUCCCUCUCAGCCCUGUUCUCCCUCUCUCCCUCUCGGCCCUGUUCUCCCUCUCGGCCCUGUUCUCCCUCUCGGCCCUGUUCUCCCUCUCUCCCUCUCAGCCCUGUUCUCCCUCUCUCCCUCUCAGCCCUGUUCUCCCUCUCGGCCCUGUUCUCCCUCUCUUCCUCUCGGCCCUGUUCUCCCUCUCGACCCUGUUCUCCCUCUCAGCCCUGUUCUCCCUCUCGGCCCUGUUCUCCCUCUCUCCCUCUCGGCCCUGUUCUCCCUCUCUCCCUCUCAGCCCUGUUCUCCCUCUCUCCCUCUCGGCCCUGUUCUCCCUCUCUUCCUCUCGGCCCUGUUCUCCCUCUCGACCCUGUUCUCCCUCUCGGCCCUGUUCUCCCUCUCGGCCCUGUUCUCCCUCUCGGCCCUGUUCUCCCUCUCGGCCCUGUUCUCCCUCUCGGCCCUGUUCUCCCUCUCGGCCCUGUUCUCCCUCUCGGCCCUGUUCUCCCUCUCAGCCCUGUUCUCCCUCUCGGCCCUGUUCUCCCUCUCAGCCCUGUUCUCCCUCUCUCCCUCUCGGCCCUGUUCUCCCUCUCAGCCCUGUUCUCCCUCUCUCCCUCUCAGCCCUGUUCUCCCUCUCGGCCCUGUUCUCCCUCUCAGCCCUGUUCUCCCUCUCUCCCUCUCAGCCCUGUUCUCCCUCUCUCCCUCUCAGCCCUGUUCUCCCUCUCUCCCUCUCGGCCCUGUUCUCCCUCUCUCCCUCUCGGCCCUGUUCUCCCUCUCGACCCUGUUCUCCCUCUCAGCCCUGUUCUCCCUCUCGGCCCUGUUCUCCCUCUCUCCCUCUCGGCCCUGUUCUCCCUCUCUCCCUCUCGGCCCUGUUCUCCCUCUCGACCCUGUUCUCCCUCUCGGCCCUGUUCUCCCUCUCGGCCCUGUUCUCCCUCUCUCCCUCUCAGCCCUGUUCUCCCUCUCUCCCUCUCGGCCCUGUUCUCCCUCUCGGCCCUGUUCUCCCUCUCUCCCUCUCGGCCCUGUUCUCCCUCUCGGCCCUGUUCUCCCUCUCGGCCCUGUUCUCCCUCUCUCCCUCUCAGCCCUGUUCUCCCUCUCUCCCUCUCGGCCCUGUUCUCCCUCUCAGCCCUGUUCUCCCUCUCAGCCCUGUUCUCCCUCUCUCCCUCUCAGCCCUGUUCUCCCUCUCUCCCUCUCGGCCCUGUUCUCCCUCUCGGCCCUGUUCUCCCUCUCGGCCCUGUUCUCCCUCUCGGCCCUGUUCUCCCUCUCGACCCUGUUCUCCCUCUCGGCCCUGUUCUCCCUCUCGGCCCUGUUCUCCCUCUCGGCCCUCCCUGUUCUCCCUCUCGGCCCUGUUCUCCCUCUCGGCCCUGUUCUCCCUCUCGGCCCUGUUCUCCCUCUCGGCCCUGUUCUCCCUCUCAGCCCUGUUCUCCCUCUCUUCCUCUCGGCCCUGUUCUCCCUCUCGACCCUGUUCUCCCUCUCAGCCCUGUUCUCCCUCUCGGCCCUGUUCUCCCUCUCGGCCCUGUUCUCCCUCUCGGCCCUGUUCUCCCUCUCUCCCUCUCAGCCCUGUUCUCCCUCUCGGCCCUGUUCUCCCUCUCAGCCCUGUUCUCCCUCUCUCCCUCUCGGCCCUGUUCUCCCUCUCAGCCCUGUUCUCCCUCUCUCCCUCUCGGCCCUGUUCUCCCUCUCUCCCUCUCAGCCCUGUUCUCCCUCUCUCCCUCUCAGCCCUGUUCUCCCUCUCGGCCCUGUUCUCCCUCUCAGCCCUGUUCUCCCUCUCUCCCUCUCAGCCCUGUUCUCCCUCUCUCCCUCUCAGCCCUGUUCUCCCUCUCUCCCUCUCGGCCCUGUUCUCCCUCUCUCCCUCUCGGCCCUGUUCUCCCUCUCGGCCCUGUUCUCCCUCUCGGCCCUGUUCUCCCUCUCGGCCCUGUUCUCCCUCUCGGCCCUGUUCUCCCUCUCGGCCCUGUUCUCCCUCUCGGCCCUGUUCUCCCUCUCGGCCCUGUUCUCCCUCUCGGCCCUGUUCUCCCUCUCGGCCCUGUUCUCCCUCUCGGCCCUGUUCUCCCUCUCUCCCUCUCGGCCCUGUUCUCCCUCUCUCCCUCUCGGCCCUGUUCUCCCUCUCUCCCUCUCAGCCCUGUUCUCCCUCUCUGCCCUGUUCUCCCUCUCUCCCUCUCGGCCCUGUUCUCCCUCUCAGCCCUGUUCUCCCUCUCUCCCUCUCAGCCCUGUUCUCCCUCUCUCCCUCUCGGCCCUGUUCUCCCUCUCGGCCCUGUUCUCCCUCUCGGCCCUGUUCUCCCUCUCGGCCCUGUUCUCCCUCUCGGCCCUGUUCUCCCUCUCGUCCAUAACAGCAGCUCUCAGGCUCGAUGGCUCACACUCCACCAUAAUUAUCAACUCUCGUUUCUAA